AUGUCCACCCUCCAGAACUUCAUCAACGACUUCCUCCAGUCGACGACGGACGACGACCCGACGCAGGCCGGCGUGGGCGCCCUCGCGCCCCCCGCCGCGCCGCCGCCGCCGCCGCCGCCGCAGCCGGCGCCGCAAACCGGGCGCUCGAAGAAGCGCGCGCGCGACGGCGCCGACGAGACGGCCUCCGAGAGAGCUGAUCGGAAGUCCGCUAGAGAAAGGAGGAGGAGAGCGGAGGUCGGCGAGAAAUUCGAGGAGCUUACCAAGGCGCUCGGCGAGGCCGAGGAGCGGUGCGCGGGCUCCGUGCCCAGGAGAGACGCGGUGAGCGAGGGGAACCGCGUGGAUCUGCUCCAACGAGCGAUCGACGUCGUGAGGGCGCUGACGAAGGCGUGCGUCGACGCGAAACGAGCGGCCGCCGCCGCGCCGGCGCCCGCGCCGCCGCCGCCGCCGCCGCCGCCGCCGGAGCCCGUCCGAUUAGUUGUGGUGGCGCAAACCUCAGUAUCAAGGGCGCAAUUGGCGGAUCUGGCGCGGCGCGGCGACGCGUGGCAUUCGGCCUUCGAGCAGCGCGACGGCGGCGCCGUCGCGGCCGUGGCCGGGGCUGCCUCUACAGCCGCCACGUCGUUUGUUGUGGGAGACGGCCGGACCCCAUUACCACCGGGCCCGCCGACGCCGCAACAUUUGAUACCGGCGCAAGCGCCGGUCGCGGCGACGCCGCCGGUGCGAGCACCCGGCCCGGCGGCGCCCUUCGCGGCGGCGCCGCUGCCGGCGUCUCUCUCAAUACCGUACCCCGCGGCCCUGUCCCUGGCGCCGACGCAGACGGGCCGGCCGCGCGCGCCGUCGGGCGGCGCGGCCUCCUACUUCGCGCCCGCGGCGUGUUGA